UUGCGCUGUAUUUGCAGUGAAUUUUCAAAUCCUUGCUUCCUGUUCGCGAUGGUACUGCCGAUAAACAAGCGCAUCCUGUCCCCCCGAUUCCUUCACCGAGCGCCAAAUUACAGUUCUUAAAGCUUCAAUCCAACGCAUCUGAUCCACAAACCCCCAAUUCUAAAUUAUUUCUCUGCCAGCUCUCAAUCGCCUCCAUCGCUCAUAAAUUCCCCACUCCCAUUCACAAUCCACAACCAAUUUCCACCAAAUGGGUAUCUCCAGAUUCAUUGGGGACUUUUUACAAACAGUUGGUGGGCGAUCCCGUGCGGCGGAUUCCACCGCUGACGGCGGUGCUCCGAGUCCCCACAGAGUCAUCCACGACGACGUGCUACUACGGGCGUUGAUUACAGUGUUUGGAAUGAGGGAAAAUGGGAGAAUCAAGAAGGAAAAAGCAAAGGGGGUGGUGGAGAAAUUGGGGCUGAUAAAGAGUGAAGAAGAGAAGGAAGGGUUUGAGCUGCCGGCGGAUGGCGGUGGUGAUGAGGUGGCGGUGGAGGAGGUGAUCGGAGAGAUGGAGGAGGAAGGGAAACGAAAUGAGCUGCUAUGGGAAGCUUUUAAGAUAUUUGAUGUGGAUGGCGAUGGAUUCAUUGAUACGGUUGAGCUGAAAAGAGUGCUUGAAUGUUUGGGAUUGGAUAAAGGGUGGGGGAUUAGGGAGAUUGAGAAAAUGGUUAGCGUUGUGGAUGUGAAUUUGGAUGGGAAAGUUGAUUUUGGUGAGUUUGAAUUAAUGAUGGGUGUUAAAUGUUCUUGAUUUGUUCUUGUUUUUUUCACUUUUCAAUCCAAAAUUCUGGAAAAAUCUUGUGAUUUUGGUGUUAUCUUUGUUCAGAAACCAUAACUUGAAUAAUAUCCCCCCCAAUUUCUGCAUCC